UGCUGGUUGGAUAAAGAUAAGCCAAUUCUGAGACAAAUAACAGCAACGCAGAGUGAUGCACGAUUCUAUUUCAUCGUUAAAUUUUACACACCGAAUCCGGCAGAUCUCGAAGAAGAGUACACCAGGUAUUUGAUGGCUUUACAAAUUAAACGUGAUCUUGCAUCCGGUGAAUUGCUCUGCAAUGAGAAUACGGCCGCCCUACUAGCCUCAUACAUUGUUCAGGCGGAUUGCGGUGACUUCUCGGCCGAAGAUUAUCCGGAUAGUAGUUACCUUUCCAGUGGGCGUUUCCUUCCGAAUCAGAGUCUCGAUUUCCAGAAUAGAGUCAUGGAAAAUCAUAUGAAACUGAUGUACCAUGGAAGGACACAAAAACAGUUGAUCGACUAUGUUCGUGAACAUCAUAAACGACGGGAGCCUUUCACUAGGCCAAUAAGACCUGGCCUUUCGUCGCGUUGUGAUCGCCUCUCACGUCCGGCACAGUUCAACUUGACUCCGAAUUAUUCGACCGUCAGUGAUCGUGCGAUCAACAUUGUCAGUGGUAUGCCAUGCUCAUCAUCCUCUCAACAACCACGACGUCAAAAUGGUUCCGCGUCAAGUCGAUUCACUAGCGGUUCGAUGCCUCAUAUCAAUGGUGCCAGCCAACGUGUCUCGGAUGAAGCAGGUAGUAGUAGUAUGGCUGGCGAUGGUGUGGCCAUAGGUCGAAGUUCGAGAAGUGGCUCCAGUGGGCCGGGAAGCGUUUCUAGAGCUGUAAACAUUCCGACAAGCGCCGUUCAGUCCUCCUCAACCUACUAUCAAUACGGUGAUCCAUACUCGUAUUCAUCGGUUCCUCGACCACAGCGGCAUCACCAUCACAUGCAUCAUGCGCAAAGUGCUCAUCACCCGAGUGGUGCCAUGUCCGAUGGUGAACGCAUGUGCUCGAGCGAUGUUGAUACGAGUAUAUCAUCUGGCAUACACCCGAGUUCUUCAGCAUCUCGGCAUACAUCUAAUAACUUACAACACGCCUACAUUACAAAACCUUUACAAGCCAAGCAAUACAAAGCUCUAGCAGAUUCGCAUAUAAGUAGUAUAAGUAAUCUAGCCGUCAGUGAUAGUGAGGCCAUUGUAACUUCUUCAGCGUCGUCACAAUAUAGGAACCGUCAUAAUCAUGCAUAUGCAACUAGUACCACAGCCGCUUCUAGUAGUGUUGCUGCUAGCACAUAUACUGCUUCUGGUGUUGGUGCGCAAAAUGUUGUUGGUGGUGGGAAUGCCGCUAAUGGUAGUAACAAUGUUGAGUCGUUGAUGUCUUUGUCACUUCCGAACGUGCUUGGCGCCGAUGUACAGCUUGUCUGUAAGGAGUUCGAGUUGAAAUGUGAAUGUCCACCUAAAUCAGCGAGCGGUGAUAAUUUCUUGGAGAUGCAGCAACGUCCUCGAGAAUAUGACAAUAUCAGCGAGGAGUCCUAUCGGCUGUCAGAUCAUGAGCAGAGGCAUCCGACGGCAUCUUCAUCACAGCCAUCCGAAGUGAUCGGUCAAACACCUUCUGUUUAUGCGACAACUUUUACGACGAAACGCGUUGGAAAUGUUAUCGUCAAACGUAUCGUCAGCAGCGCACACGGCAGUCGUUCAACGCCAAACACAACCGACGAUGAAGAUUUGAGUGCGUCAAAAGAUCACUCUUCAAAAUCCCUCGCACAAGAUCCUUAUCGGCAACAGCAACAACGUUAUCAUAUGAAACGUGAUUUAUCUGAAGGACCUAUGCCAACGUAUUCCAGUUCAGCUCAAGACGCCCGUUACGUAGAUCAAAACUACUACCAGAAUAUCGGCGUAUAUCCGUCGUCGUACCCAAGUGAAACAAGUUCGGAUGUCAAUGUCCGCCGGAGGAUUCAAGCCACUGAGAAACGCAUUCAGCAAUCGUCUUCGUCAGCACCGUCGUCUUCGGUAGAAUAUCCGAUACACAAAAAGUUGGUUCCAGUUGAAAUCGACGGUCCCAAUGUUAACUUGGAGAGCUAUUAUAGGCGACGAGAAGAGGAGAAUGCAAAAGAGAGAAGGACACCGAGUUUGCUGGAAUCACAAGGAACGCAGCCUGGAAAAACUACCGAAACAAGCACAUUUCGGAGUCCAGCUCAACCUAUGGAAUCUCUAGCGGCGACGUCUUCAGUAGCUUCAGCCCGUUCUGAGUCAAAGGAAGUGCCGAUGGCUGCAGUCUCAGCUCAGGUUCGUCAGGCUCCGGUUAUCUAUACAUCAAAAGGUGCUGUUUUGCAGAAGCCUAAAGUGAUCCCUGAUUCUGAUACAUAUCGAAUGGACGAAAGGCAUAUCUACGGUCAGCUGAAAUACCCCUCGCAGCAGCAACAGCCCCAAACAUCCGCCGAUCAGUCCUCUGCAUACGGUGAAACAGGCUUCGUUCAUGGACAGUCGCAAGCAUCUGUACCUACUGCUCCCAAAACCUAUGGUGCUAUCGGUCCCCUACCUGGAAAGGUGAUAACUAAAGAGAAUCUCGUCGUUACACCAGAGGGAUUGCGUGAAAAGAAACCGAAGCCGGUUGUUCCACCCAAACCCAAGAAUCUUAUGAGUCCAAUGGGAACGUCACUAUCUGAGUCCUCAAUAACCCCGUCCACAUCGGGUACGUUAGCUCCGUUAAAACAAUCCGCACAUCCGGUUGUGAAUCUGCAACAAGGUGAAAUGGAAAGUGCUCAAAAAACCUCAUCUUUAAAAGCUGAAGAAUCCAAGCCCCUACAACGACCAAUGCUGAUUUCUGUGCAAAGUGAAGAUCGUCCUGACAUCCAAAAAUGUCACUUGUUUAACGGCGAUAUUCCAUAUGUGCUCACGGUGCGAGAUAUCUCACGCGACCGUGCAGGAACCCCAGAAUCCAGCUUCUCCACCUUCAAGGGUCCAUCUGCCUCUCGGACAUUGCCUGAUGCAGGGGUUGCGGCUGGUACAAGCAGUGAGUCCGAAACUUUACUCCGGAAUCGAACCAAGUCACGAAGUCCUGAAUCGCUGAAGCGACGGAAAUCAUUGGAUUUAGUACCUCGUAAACGUUUACCGUCACCAGGGAAUUUCUCAUCGCAAGAUCAUUCCAUUUCACCAACCACUCCAGAAUCUGGUGACAUCUUGGAGUAUUUGUUGAGGCGGCGAUCGGCUAGCACUGAACGUUCAGCAUUGGUCAAACGUGGUCGUCGUGGUGAUCCUCGUCGGCAAACGCAGCCAGUCCGAUUCAAUCUGCCGCCCAGUCCUGAAAUUGAGCAUCCAAAAGUUGUAACCUUUUCAUCCGAACCGAAUCUGCAAAACGAUCAAGUCGAAGAGCCUGAUCCGACCAUAUGUGACAGCCUUAGUCUCCAAGACGAAGCCGCCGCUGUGAGUGAAAGUAAUGAGCAUCUAUCGCUAAAUCGCAGCAUGAGUAACAUCGAAACAUCAACUGCGUUCGGGGCAGAUGACGAAAUGACUAGGACUGAUCAACGCCAAAAGGGCUCGAGUGAACCGCCGAUGCUCGUAGCGGCAUCUGUUCCCAUCGUUCCACCGGAACCCAUUUCGAAACGUGAAGACGCAAACUCUGUUGACGAUUAUUUGCCACCGCCUCCACCCCCUCCUCCUCCACUUGUCCCAAUGCUAUUCGGUGAUCCGAUUCUGAGCGAACCGAUGCCUGCACCACCAGCUAAUGCGUCGCCCGCGACAGCAACAACCACAGUGACCACUACUACUUCUGUGACAGCUAUCAUUCCAAGUGAGUCCAUCACUGAUCCGUUGUUGUUCGCUGACGACACGAACUCAUCAAGGACAUCGUAUGCUUCAAGAGAGGAUUCGUUGGAUCAGAAUAAUAAAGAUAAGUCAGAAAUACAACCAUCCUCACAACAGCAGCUUCCAAAAGAAUCCGAGCAAUCUCAGCUACAACAAACGUCAACAUCUUCUGGCUCUUCGACACUGCGCACUCCAACCGGUGUUCUUUGGACGGAUUUCUGA